AUGCUGCUGCUCGUAGUGUUUGUGGCCACAGCCUCUUGGUCUUAUGGAUUUGCACAGGAAAUUCCCAUGCAGAGUCCUAUAUCCAUCACCAAGUUUCAAAAAAGUGCACGGAUGACAUGUGAAAUUCAAACAUUAGAGGCAAAUUUUGAUGACAUCGUCAUACACUGGUAUAAGCAGAAGGAGGGUGACGCUCCAGAGAGGCUUCUGUUUGUUUCAGGAGGCAGAGUUGCCAUUGAAAGUGGCUUUCAAGCAAACAGAUACAUGACUGAGAUAAGUUCUGUCCAGAAGCGGUGUGUUCUUACAAUAAAAGAUGUAAUUCCAGAUGAUGCUGCUACUUACUACUGUGCCUACUGGGAUCCUCACUAUUUCAAAGUGUUCGGCUCAGGUACAAAACUCAUUGUCUCAGAUAAAAGAAGUUCUCCCCCAAAGAACUCUGAAAUCCUGCAGACAAAACAUAAAAAUCAGAUCAUGUAUGUUUGCUUUAUUGAGAAAUUCUACCCAGAAGUUAUUAGGGUGACAUGGACUGAAGACGAAAAGGAGGUAACAGACAACGUAGUAAAAGGCGACGCUUGGCAGGCCACAAAAGAGGAGGAAUACUCAAUUGCCAGUUGGUUAACCGUGCCAGCAGAGAGUAAAGACAAGAAAUACUACUGCAAAUAUGAGCAUGAAGAGAAAAGUACUUCACUGCCAACACAAGAAGAUUCUGUGAAGACUGCUUCUCAGGACGAGGACUGCAGAACAGUUUUUAGUAGAGAUCAGUUAAUGCACAGGACAGCAUAUUUAGUAUACAUCAUCCUUCUUCUGAAGAGCUCCAUGUACAAUAUUAUCAUACUCUUCUUCAUCUACAGAAUGUGGGAUUACACCAAGCACCGAGGAAAGAAAGCAUAA